AUGUCAUCAGACGCAAACGCAAAGCCAUUGCCUUUCAUAUACCAGUUCAUAUCGGGUGCCGUCGCUGGUAUCUCUGAAUUGGCCGUAAUGUACCCACUUGAUGUUGUCAAGACAAGGUUCCAACUGGAGGUGACGACGCCUGCAGCUGCUGCGGCAGGCAAGCAAGUGGAGAAAUACAAUGGUGUCAUUGAUUGUUUGAAAAAAAUUGUGAAGAAAGAGGGUUUCGGUAGACUAUACAGAGGCAUUAGUUCCCCAAUGUUGAUGGAAGCACCAAAGAGAGCCACUAAAUUUGCAUGCAACGAUCAAUACCAAAAAGUCUUCAAAAAUCUGUUCAACACGAAAGAAACUACGCAGAAGAUCUCCAUUGCGGCUGGCGCCUCUGCCGGGAUGACGGAAGCUGCCGUUAUUGUUCCUUUUGAGUUGAUCAAGAUCAGAAUGCAAGACAUCAAUUCCAACUAUCCCGGGCCAAUGGACUGUUUGAAAAAGACCAUCAAGAAUGAAGGUAUUACUGGGUUAUACAAGGGUGUUGAAUCCACUAUGUGGAGAAAUGCUCUUUGGAAUGGUGGUUACUUUGGUGUUAUCUUUCAAGUAAGAAACUCGAUGCCCGAGGCAAAGACAAAGGGACAAAAGACAAGAAACGAUCUUAUCGCGGGUGCCAUCGGUGGUACUGUCGGUACCAUGCUAAACACCCCUUUUGACGUGGUCAAAUCGAGAAUCCAGAGUGUAGACGCGGUUAACAGUGCCGUGAAGAAGUACAACUGGUCCCUACCCUCGUUGUUGAUCAUAUACCGUGAAGAAGGGUUCAGAGCAUUGUACAAAGGCUUUGUUCCAAAAGUGUGUAGACUGGCACCUGGCGGUUCAUUGAUGUUGGUCGUGUUCACUGGCAUGAUGAACUUUUUCAGAGAUCUUAAGUACGGACAUUGA